AUGGCCGAACACAACUUCUCGGGAGCACUGGCAACAUGGAAAACCAUCAACCUCUCGGAACUACAGAAGACUCUGGACGGACAAGGUAUUGAGGUUGUCCAGAAUCAGAAGGAGAGUGUGGUUGGGAGGAAGGGUUUGGCGGAUCGAACAAAGGAGUGGAAGAAGGUCCCAGAAGAGGAGAAGUUGAGUGGAUUCAAGGGUCUGCUGAAGGCAUACCAAACGGAGAUUGACAGUCUGACGAAGCGGGCCAAGUCUGCUGAGAAUGCCUUCCUGAAUGUUUAUAAAGUGCUUGCUGAAGCGCCGGAUCCAUACCCCUUGCUUGAGGCUGCUGUCGAUCAGACUGUGAAGAUCGCAGAGACGCGAGAUUUGGAGGAAGAGGUUCAACGGUUACGGAAUGAGAAUGCUGAUCUCAAGAAGCGCGCAUCGGAGCUGGGUAGUGUGGAGACUGCGAGGAAGAAGGCAGAGCUCAGGGCGGACCAGUUAGAGGAGAAGAUGGAGUCUGUCGUCCAGGAGAAGGUCGCACAGAAGGAGAACGAGCUAAAUGCGGCGUAUGACGAGAAGAUGCGGAAUUACGAAGCUCGCGAGCAAGACCUUCAACGGCAGGUUGAGCUCGUCAAGGACCAGCUUCGGGAGCUCCGCACGUCGAACGAUUCGAAUCAAGCAAAGCUCCUGGAUCACAGCCAACGGCAAGAUCAAGAAGUGUUCGCCAAACUGGCCGAAAUGGAUAUGACUGUGGCGGACCUCGAGCGUGCGAAUAUGAGGGUGGCUACUGUCGAGCGACGAAACGAACUCUUGCGAGCCGAAAUCGAGUCUAUCAGAAUUGGUAGCGAGGCUUCUGAUCGCGUUCAAACCCUCAAAAAUCAAGUCGCAUCAUUGGAAUCAGAAACAGACCGUCUUUCUCAUCUCCUGGACAUGCAGAAGGAUUCCAUCGCAGAGGCUGAGGCAGUUCGCCGCAAAGCAGCCGAGCAUGCCUCGAAAGAACUGCAAGCCAAGGCUGCCGAGGUUGAACAGCUGAGACAGACUCUCAAAGGAUACUCUGAUUACGAUGAAAUCAAACGUGAGCUUGAGAUAAUGAAGUACGUCGAGUUUGCCGGGCUCGAAGGGGAGUUGGACGAAGAUGAAGAUGUUCCGGCUCUCGACAACGAGCUUGGUCUCCAGCUUCCCAACCCUAACGCUUCAAAAGCGAAUGCCCACGAGGCAAAAUCUUUGGAGGCGCUUCUCGCCACCAAAAACAAACGAAUUCUGGAGGAACUAACAAAAUUCCGAAUAUUGCACACGGAACUUGAAACCUCAUUGCGGCAGACACGAGACGAGCUCGAGACGACUACUUCAGAACUCGAAAAGCAACGGGUCCUGAACGAGAAGUUAGAGACCGACCUUUUGCAGCUUAACAAGCACGAGCACAAUGGAGAGGCGAAUGGUGGCGAUAAACCCUCUUUGGAUUCUGCCAGUGACGAUGAUGUGUUGGCUGGCCUUGACCUCCGCAAAAAGCCAAAGUCUAGCACAGGUGCCGAUUCUGCCGCAAGGUCGACGCCAAUACAAUUCACUUCUUCGGCAGACACGUCCAUCCUUCCCAUCGUGACCAGCCAACGCGACCGAUUCCGGCAGCGGAAUGCUGAACUCGAAGACGAGCUCCGCAAACAGUUCCAGAUUAUAUCAGAACUGCGCACUGAAAUCCGAAGUCUUCAGGCUGACAAUCUCAAGUUGUAUGAGAAGGUCCGGUAUAUGCAGAGCUACCGCGAGAACUCGACAAACUCGACGCUCGACCCAUUGCCAACUGGUCCGUCAUCAUCCAACGCUGGGGAAUUGAGCAAGUAUAGGGCUCGGUACGAAGAGGCUAUGAAUCCAUUCGAAGCGUUCCGUGGUCGAGAAGCAGCGCGGGCAUACUCUAACCUCAAUCCGCUUGAACGGGGGGUAUUAGUUCUCACCCGUGCGAUUCUCGGUAAUCGACGAGCUCGGAACGCCUUCAUUGUGUAUGCUUUCUUAUUACACGCACUCGUCAUGUUCUCGAUAUACGAGUCGAUGCAGUCUUCACACAGUCAACUAGAGACGCAUCCUGGACCGUAUGGCUCAUGAUAACUUUUAUUUGCUCUCCUUUCUUAUUUACCUGGGACUACCUUGCCGGGCGAGGAUCCAUCAAGCUCGUUCGUGUACAUACUGAGGACAUUGUUAUGUCCAUUUCCUGGGUCUGUAAUCGACGGUCUG